UAGCAAAAAGACAAAAAAAAAAAAAGAAAAAGAAAUGAAGCAGCGGGUGGGGACUGCCAAGGGCUUGUAGGCCUUGUAAGGACUUUGACCUUGACUCAGGGUUAGGCCACGGAGGGUCUGAGCAGACUGAAGUGACCUAACACUCACUUUAAAGGAUGGCCCUGCCUGCUGAGUCAAGACAGGAGCAAGGGCAGAAGUGAUGCAGGACUGACCUACCUGCAGACCUGCGCAGGCCCCAGCUGCUGAUUGUUUUUAUCAGCGGGCUGUGAGGGGCGUGCCUUGCUGGUUUCUCUGCUAACUAGCGCGCUAACCUGAAGUCAAUUCCGCCUAUGACUGGCAGGCUCCCCUUCCUCUCUGGAGCAGAGCACUGCCACUGCCCUGUCCUGCCCACGCCCGCGGUGGUUCGUCGCUCCAGGACGUUGCUGCAGACAUGUAAGCUCCCCCAUCCAUUAAACCACUGCCGUAUGUGUCGCUGACUCCAGGCUUCCUUCAGUCUUGUAGCCAGGCGAGCACAAGGCCUUGUAGGCCUGUGGGGUGCAGCCGACAGGAGAGGUGGCGGGAUGAACGCGUCUGGGAUUCUGGGAGAGCACUGGGUGGAGACUGUCGGGUGGAGUCUGGCUUGGACCUGUGUUGAAAGCCACAAGCCUGGGUGACAUCUCCCAGCGAGUGAGUGUGGACGAGGAGAUGGCAGGGCCAAGGACCGGGCUGGGGGCCUCCAAUCUGGCAUUUAAGAGGUGGAGGGGUGACCAGGGAGGCCAGAGGAAGCCCAGGACAGUGGGUGUCCUGGGAGCUGUGACAGUGUCGUGGGAUGAGGGACCCCAGCGGAUGCUGCUGAUGGCCGGGUUCCACGAGGACUAGGAAAUGACCGGCCAUUUGGUGACCUGGACGCCUUCAGAGAAGAACAAUUCAAACGGGGGCUGGGGUGGCAGGUCUCUGAAGCAGAGAGGAAGUGGGGUGCUGUGGGAGAGCGGGGGUGGGGGGCAGAGAUGGUGGGUCUGCCCAGAGGCCCCCGCGACGCUUGGUCUGGCACAGGUGAGACUCACCAGGCGGGGAGGCAGGCCCUCCAGCCGCCCAGGUGUGGGUGGUGAGUGGGCAGCAGGCUGAAAGCAGCAGGUCAGAGACUACAGAAGGUGUGGAGGUGAGAGAGGCCAAGGGAGGUGACGGUGACUUGCAGCGGGUGACCAGACCCUGGGGUUUCAGGCAGCGGGGGGGACAAGCCCUCCAGGGGUAGGGGACCAGGGGCCCAGCGGACUCAGGAAAUCGGAGGGAGUGAGCUGGAUAACAGCAGGUGCAGGCAGAGUGGCCCUCUGCUGCCACGGGGUGGCCAAGGUUUGGGGAGUGACCAUGGAGGGGGCGGGGUCUUGGGGAAGCAGACGCCAGGAGUGUGGCAGGGUCAGGACGCCAAGUCACUAGAGCAGUGUGGGAGUGGCCGUGAGCCAGGAGUCGAGUCAACAUCAUACCAGGAGGAGGCGCCUGUGGGUACCUGCGUGGAGGGGCGGCAGGUGUGAUCCCGUUAAGGGGGGAGGGGGAGAAGGCGGGGCGGGCCAGGGCCCAGGAGGGGCGUCGUCAGCGCGGCAGGACCAUCUCCAGGAGGCGCAGGGAUGGCAGAUGGCCGGCAGGGGGCGCCAGGUCCUUGGCGGACAGAAGAUUCCGGGCAGGGCCAGACCUACACUCUCAGAGGACCCAUGGGGAGCCCCCAGUGAGCCGGGGCAGCCCCGGAAUCUGCAUUACCACCAAGUUCCCAGUGACUGCAGGCUGCCCGUCUAAGGCUCUGCUGUGACCACCUCGUUAAAACAGGAAGUGAGUGGUCUCUUGGCCAGCACCUGGGGAUUCCACCUGGGUGGGCUGUGGGCAGAUGCAGCAGCAGCCAGCCCCACACCCGAGUGGGGGGCCAGGACGGUGGCAGGAGUGGCCUGCAGUGGCCAGCUCAAGCUUGCCUUUUGCCAUCACCAUACAGCAUGCACCAAAUGGUGCUGAUACCAAAGAUUUGUGGUGCGAGCCUUUAAGAGCAAGCAAGGGGCUUCAAAGAGGGCUGGCCUCCCUGCCCACAGCGACUCCCAGGUAGAGACCCUGAGAAAGGCAGAUGAGGGUGGGAGACAAACCACCAGGCAGUGCACAAGGGCUGCAGGGGGUCACAGGGCGGUGUCCCCGCCAGAGGCCCUGGCAGGGGCAGUAGGGGGCAGCCUCAACUCUGAGCCCCAGAUUCAGCGUGGCGACGUAAUCUGGGCACCCUCCAGGGGCCUAGACAAGGAGCCCCCUGGUCCCGGGGUCCCCUUCUAGGAGUGGACCAGUGCCUUGUGGGUGUCCAGCCCUGGGCUCAGAAAGGACUUGGGGAAGGUGUCACAUCCAAGAAUGUUUGGUGAGGCUGGGGUCGGGCGGGCAGAUGGGCCUGGGGUGGCAGCAGGACCAGCCAGUGGAUCUGACAGACAAAAAAUGGGCUGGCUCUGCCCCCUCCAGGACCUGGCUCUGCCUCUGUUCCGGCACCAGCCUGGUAGCACAGAAGCCAAGGCGGGGCGGGGUGGGGGGUGCUGAGUGCCCAGCAGCCCCAGGGUGCGGUUUUACUUUUUAUUUUUGAAAGUCCCUGAGUGGCUGGCAGUUUGGGAGGCCAGGCUGGGGAAUGGGGAGCCCAUGGAGCCAGCCAGGACCCUGUGCAGCCAGCCACUGGCCUGGUGUUGGGAGGGGCAGUGCCAGGGGGGGAGGGCGAUGCCACCAGAGGACGGGGUAUGGCUGCCCCGCCCCCACCCUGUCAUGCCUCCAGAAGGGAGGCCACCUCUUCUGCCCCGUGACUCAUCUUCUGGGGGGAGGGCCCCCUUCCUUACAGCACCCAGGGCAGCGGAUGGAGGGCUCGGGGCUGCCCAGUUCCCGUAAGGCCUCCUGGACCUGCUUCCUCUUCUGCGGCAGCAGAACGUCCUCCUCCCUCAGCUGCGCUAGAGGAAAGGUCGAGGUGCUGCUGGCCGGGCCUCUCCUGAUGCCCCCCUGCCCACCCCGGCUCCCCCUCGCUCAGAUGGAGGCCUCUGCCCCACCCCGCCCUGAGCGCCUCGGCUCUGCUGUCUCUGCUCUGGCCCUGCCCCGUGCGGGGACGGUUUGUGAUCAAGCAAGGGUCCCAACUCCGACGCGGGCUCCACCUGCUGUGGUCACACCUGUGUCCCAGGGCCCUGCCAGCCCUGUGAGGAGGCGCUGCCAGGCGCUGGGGGCGGCUCUGGGGCCCUGGGUCCACACGCUGCCGGGGGCAGAGGCUCCUGUGACUCAGGCAGGCAGGAAGGAGGCCCACGGCCUCUGCCCACAGGUGGCAGCAGUUCCGCUGCCGUACGCCCCCCAUGCCUCCACAGAGCGGGGUGCUGAGGCGAGUCUGGGGGAGCCAGGCUGUGUGAUGGCAAGGGGCACUCCCUCUCCCCCACGGUCCCAGUCACUGCCCACCCCUCCGGGGCACUGCCGUGGAAACCGCGCUGCUGACUCAGGGCGUGCAAAGCUGGCCGGGUCAGGCCCCAGUGAGGAAGAGGCCCUCUGCCGCCCCUUUGGGGGUGCUGAGUGUGGGUGUCUGGUGGGGGUGGGGCAGGAAGGGGAAGGCACUCUUCAAACCACUGGGCCUUGGGCCGUGUGGAGAGGGCUAAGCUUGGAGCAGAGGGAGCCCCGGGUCCUGGCACGUCCCCUGGGGGUGGCCGCCAGAGGGAGCGGGGAGGAGGGGGUGGUGUGUGGGCUUGGUUUGAGGAAGAGGAAGUGAGGGCUCCCCCCCACCGCCCCCCGCGGCCACCGGGCGGGGGAGGGGAUUCCCCAGCGGCCCCUCCCCACUCCCACCGUCACAAAGGCUGGAUUUGAGGAAGAAAGGGCCUGAGCUGGGUUCAGAAAACAGGGCAGAACGAAUCCUCCUCCAGAGCUGAAGGCGUGGGGGUGGGGUGAGCCUGGGACCCAGGGCCCCCUGGCCUCAGCGUUUGGACUCUCCACCAGCCCAGAGGCCCAAGCUUGGGCAUCACCCGCUCUGAGCCUCAGUUUCCUCCUCUGUAAAGUGGGUUAAGAGUAUGAGCUUGGGAGCGGGAAGAAGCCAGGCAAGGAGGUGCCAGGCCAAGCCGCUGCCAGCC